UCUUCUUCUCCGGUGCCCCCAUAUAAUUGCAUUGAUUUCAUCAUCUUCCCCCAACCCCCUGAGAGCUCCUCUUCACCAACACAAUACUUCUUAUCUCUCUGUCUCUCUCUUACUUUCACUCUAAGCCUGAAAAAGCAACCCAAUCCAUCUCUAGAAAUGUCUCCCUGACAGCAAUCAAACUUUCCCAACAGAACAUAAUCCAAAGCCAAAAGAGAAAAAUCCCAAAUCAAAAAGGCCUCUCAGAGAAGACAAACCAAACCAAAAAGUUUGAACCUUUUUCUCAUUUUCCUCUCAAUCGCUCAUUCAUGGGCUGCUCUUCUUCAAAACCCAACAUCCUUUACCCGGAACUCCCCUCUCACCCUUCUUCUUCGUCGUCAUUUUCUGCUUCAGACUCUUCGCAUUCUUCACCGCCGGUCACUAGAGCUCUUUCCCUCCCAACCCCACUUGUCCACCACCCACCUCUCCGAAAGGGCGACACCCACCACCUUGUGUCUCUCACCUCCACCACCUAUGGUUCCCUCCUCCUCAUUGACCAUCCUGACCCUCCCAAAAAUCCUAACUUGAACGGUCAGGAUUUCCCUGUUCACCACAAGAUAAGCCCAGUCCCACCAGACCCAGAACACUCUUUGUCGCCAGACUCUGUAAUCAACGCCUGGGAACUCAUGGACGGCCUCGACGACUUUGAAUCCGAUUCCGAAAAGCCCGUCUCGUCGAUUUUCGACCGCCCAAUCGCCAUUCCUAGCAAACCCAGUUCUACCGGGUACACGGGCAGUGACGUGUCAGUGAAAAAACUGUCUGAUUUGUUUGAAUCAGUGAAAAACUCAGAAAUCGUUUCUGAAAAAUCGUCGUCUUCGACGAAACCGCUGUGGCAGCAUUUAUCCGAGGAAGCUCUGCUAUCUAAAAUGGAUCCCAAUGUGGUUUAUAGCUAUAGGCGCGCAUUGUCAUCCAGGCAAUUGAAUAGCAUUCAGCCCAAAGGAAUACGAUCAUUGGGGUCCAGUCCUGUGAGUUUUUCAUUUUCCAAUAGUUGGUGUUUCUUGCCAGGCAGUGAAGAUAGAAUAGUGAUCUAUUUUACAAGUUUGAGAGGAAUUCGGAAGACGUAUGAAGAUUGUUGUUCGGUUAGGAAGAUAUUUAGGGGCUUCAGAGUGCCGGUAGACGAGAGGGACAUUUCCAUGGAUUCAGAGUACCGAAAGGAGCUGCAAAGCGUGCUGGGAGGAAAGGCAGUGAGCCUGCCGCAAGUGUUUGUUAGGGGGAAGUAUGUUGGCGGCGCAGAGGAGGUCAAGCAACUCAAUGAGGAUGGAGAAUUGGAUAAGCUUUUGGAGGGGUUUCCGAUGAUGGAUCCCGGAUUCGUAUGCGACGGGUGUGGAGAUGCCAGGUUCGUGCCGUGCCGGAAUUGCAGUGGCAGCCGGAAGGUGUUUGAAGAAGAGGAAGGAGAGUUGAGGAGGUGCCCUGAUUGCAAUGAGAACGGGUUGAUUCGGUGCCCGGGUUGCUGCAGCUCAUGAAUGUGGAUGAAUGGAUGCAUGCCAUUGCCAAUAACAGAUGCAUAUGUGUUGGUAUUUGUUCUUGAGAAAUCCUAGAAAAUGUUACAAAUCUGUACUGCUACAACUAAGAAUGCCUUGAAUUUAUAUAUACUUAGGAUUUUGUUUGAAAUUUUGUUUAUUCUCAUCUGUCAUUAUUGUUAGGAUUUUGGUUUAUUUGUUCAUUCUCUCUCUGAACAGCAUGAAAUAAAACCAAAAAGUUUCCCUUUUUAAAUC